AUGACGAUCAAAAAUCGGAAUACGUCGUGGCAGGAGACCGCAAAAGGAGUGCAGGCUGUGCGAGAUGAUUCCAUUGCGCAAGUUCAGCCUGCCGUUCCUGAAUUACCACAGCAACUCUCAAGCAGGGUGAUUGACAUACCUCGACAACUUCUGUCACCAUCCGAAGUGGAAAUCACAGAAACUUCUGCCGAGGGGUUGGUAACCUCAUUGGCCGAGGGCAAAAUAACAGCAACCGCAGUAACUCAGGCCUUUCUUCGGCGUGCUGCAAUUGCUCAGAAGUUGACCAAUUGUAUCUACGAACUGCUCCCCGAACGAGCUCUGGCUCGAGCGAAAGAACUGGAUGAGUACUUCGCAAAGCAUGGUAAACCGUCUGGGUCCCUUCACGGUCUGCCAAUCAGUGUGAAAGGGCAUGUUGGCAUUGCUGGACGAGACAAUACCGCUGGAUUUGUUGGUUGGGUGGGACGGAAGAGUCCUGACGAUGCCAAUGUCCUGAAGAUUCUCUUGAAGGCGGGUGCUGUUAUUUACGCCAGAACGACUGAGCCCCAGGGUCUUAUGGCUCUGGAAACGUGCAGCAACAUCACAGGAAACACGGUCAACCCGCACAACACAGCUCUAUCCGCGGGUGGCUCAUCGGGAGGAGAGUCAGCAUUGCAGGCUUUACAUGGAAGUCCGUUGGGAAUUGGAUCGGAUAUUGGGGGCAGCAUCCGCUCACCAGCUGCUAACUGCGGGUUGUAUGGUCUGAAGCCUACCGCAGGCCGACUACCCAUUAUCGGCGUGUCAGCCUAUGUGAUAGGAUGCGAGACUAUACUCGGGACUAUUGGACCGCUAUCUCCUACUCUGGAAGGAAUCAGUCUUUUCAUGAAGACGGUUCUUGAUGCCAAGCCCUGGCUAAGCGACCCAACACUGCAUCAAAUCCCAUGGCGGGGGCAAGAGCCUUUGAUUUACCAAAACAAGAAGAGAAAAUUGACCGUCGGAGUAAUGUGGGAGGAUGGUGUUGUGAAGCCAACGCCUCCUGUAACGAGAGCACUGCAGGAGACAGUGGAUAGGUUGAAGUCAAUUCCUGGCAUUGAAGUGAUCGAAUGGAAACCAUAUCAGCAAACAGAAGCACUAGAGAUCUUGACGAGACUCUACGCCCCAGAUGGGGGUAAGGCCUUUGCUCAAAACCUGGCCCUUUCUGGAGAGCCUUACCUCCCCCUUCUCGAGUGGACGCUUCGUGACACUCCAGGUAUUGAAGAGCUCGAUCUCCAUGGUGUUUGGGGCUGGACUCUGAAGCGAGAGGUAUUUCGCUAUAAAUAUCUGCAAGCAUGGAACUCGAUCGCCCCCGAAAUGGACGUUAUUCUGUGUCCUGCCCAUCCCUCCCCAGCACCAGUUAUUGAUACAUCACGAUAUUGGGGGUACACAUCUAUUUGGAACUUGCUUGAUUAUCCCGCCAUUGUGUUCCCUGUGACGCGGGUUGACCCCGGAAAGGACGAAAAAGACACAACUUAUACCCCUAGAAAUGAACAUGAUAGUUGGUGCCAUGAGCAUUAUGACGCUCGGAAGCAAAUCAAUGCACCGGUUUCAUUGCAGCUUGUUGGAAAGAAGUUCGAGGAUGAGAAGGUCGUGCAGGCGUUGACGGACAUCAAGGAGAAGACCGGGCUACCUUUUGUCGAUUGUUUUGCUUAA